AUUGCAUUCUCAAAGCAGAUCGAUCAAUCAUGAGCCAGACUUUAGAGAAGCUGCGUCGCGCCUUCACGGGCCUCGUGCCCCGCGUUCUCGACGCCGAGCUGCAGGUGCAAGCCGCAUCGUCGCACCAGGUGAAGGCGCUCCUCGUCGAGUCCGAAGACGCCCAUGGCAGCGAGUACGUGAGCGACCGCAACAAGCGGCGGGCGUUCGUCUCGGGCUUUACGGGCUCGGCGGGCACGGCGCUCUUGACAACGGACAAGGCACUGCUUUGGACCGACGGCCGGUACUUUCUUCAGGCCGAGCAAGAGCUCAGCGACGAGUGGACGCUCAUGCGCCAAGCGCAGAAGGACGUACCAACGGUCGAGGAGUGGCUCGAAGCCAACUUGACGGCCGGCGACGCGCUUGCGAUCGACCCGCUCUUGACGUCCGUAGCCACGGCACGCAAGCUCGUGAAGGCUCUUGGCGCGGUCAAGGCGGCCGUCGUCGUCUGCGAAUGGCAGAAGAACCUCGUGGACCAGGUCUGGGACGACCAGCCGCCGCAGCUCCCGUCGGACGUAUACGCGCUCAGCCUCGAGUAUGCCGGCGCGUCGAUUGCCGAGAAGCUGGCGUCGCUGCGCGCCGAAAUCACCAAGAAGGGCGGUCGCGCGAUCGUGCUCACGGCCCUCGACGACAUUGCGUGGCUCUUCAACAUCCGCGGCGCCGACGUCGAGUGCAACCCCGUCGUUACAUCGUAUGCCCUUGUGACGCUGGACUCGGCGACGCUCUUUAUGGACGCCAAGGAAGUGAGCGACGAGUUGCUCGCCCACUUUGGCUCGGACGUCCAAGUCCAGGGCUACGGCGACAUUGUCUCGGCGAUUGAGACGUACGCCGCGUCGUGCGCGCCGGACGCGGGCCAAGUGAUCCUCGUCGACCCUGCCCAGUGCAAUGUCGCCGUCUUUAGCGCGAUCCCGGUCUCGCUUCGCAAGGAGCUUCCGUCGAUCGUCAUGAAGCAAAAGGCCAUUAAGAACGAAGUGGAAAUCGAGGGCAUGCGCCAGGCGCACAUUCGCGAUGGCGCAGCGCUCGUCAAGUUUUUCUCGUGGCUCGAGGAGCAGCUCGAGGCAGGAAACGAGUUGCUGACUGAAGUCAGCGUUGCCAAGGCCCAGCAAGCCUUCCGCGAAGAAAUGGACAAGUACGUGUCGCUCAGCUUUGAGACCAUCUCGGGCUCGGGCCCGAAUGGCGCUAUCAUCCACUACGACCCCAAGGAGGAGACCUGCGGCAGCGUGACCACGGACAAGAUGUACCUCAACGACUCGGGCGCGCAGUAUCUCGACGGCACGACGGACGUGACACGCACGUCGCACUUUGGCACGCCGACGACCCACGAAAUCUACUGCUUUACGCACGUCCUCAAGGCGCACAUUGCGCUCGCGACGGCCGUCUUCCCCAACGACUGCGACGGCGUCAAGCUCGAUGCGCUCACCCGCGCGCCGUUGUGGCGCGCUGGGAUGGACUACCGCCACGGCACGGGCCACGGCGUCGGUGCGUUCUUGAACGUCCACGAAAAGGGCGUGCUCAUGUCGUUCAAGCUCAACCCCACGGGUCUCUUGAUUGGCGAAAACAUGAUUGUGAGCAACGAGCCCGGCUACUACGAAGACGGCAACUUUGGCAUUCGCAUCGAGAGCUUGAUGGUCGCCAAGAAGGCGGAAGGUCUUCCGACGACGUACGGCCAGUUUUGCGUCUUUGAGACGAUCACCAUGUGCCCGAUCCAGCGCCGCCUCAUUGACACGGCGCUCCUCACGCCGGACGAGCUCGCAUGGCUCAACGCGUACCACGCGACCGUGCGCACGAAGCUUGCGCCGUUGCUUGUUGGCGCGCCGCUUUCGUACCUCCUCAAGGAAACGGAGCCGCUCGUUGGCGCUUGAGUCCUACUCGUUCUACAAUAGCUCAGCGUUUAUUCCCGCAAAAUCCUUUGCCGCGUUGAA